UGCGGCAUGGCGAUGGCGGAGGGUGAGCGGACUGAGUGUGCGGAGCCCCCCCGGGACGAGCCCCCGGCUGACGGCUCGCUGAAGCGGGCGGAGGAGCUCAAGACGCAGGCCAACGACUACUUCAAAGCCAAGGACUACGAGAACGCCAUCAAGUUCUACAGCCAGGCCAUCGAGCUGCACCCCACCAACGCCAUCUACUAUGGCAACCGCAGCCUGGCCUACCUGCGCACCGAGUGCUAUGGCUAUGGGACCUCCCGCCUGUGCCCCGCCCCACACUCCAGGGCCUGCUGGACAGCCUGUGGGGGUGGGGCCUCCAACCAGCCCUCAUCACUGCUUCCCCCACCCCCCCAGAUCCUGGUACAGGUGAAAGACAUCCUCUCCAAGCUGAGCACACUUGUGGAGACCACGCUCAAAGAGACAGAGAAGAUGACAGUGUGCGGGGACACCCACGGCCAGUUCUACGACCUCCUCAACAUAUUUGAGCUCAACGGUUUACCGUCCGAGACCAACCCCUAUCUAUUUAACGGUGACUUUGUGGACCGAGGCUCUUUCUCCGUAGAAGUCAUCCUCACCCUUUUUGGCUUUAAGCUCCUGUACCCGGACCACUUCCAUCUGCUCCGAGGCAACCACGAGACGGACAACAUGAACCAGAUCUACGGCUUCGAGGGCGAGGUGAAGGCCAAGUACACAGCCCAGAUGUUCGAGCUCUUCAGCGAGGUGUUCGAGUGGCUCCCGCUGGCCCAGUGCAUCAACGGCAAAGUGCUGAUCAUGCACGGAGGCCUGUUCAGCGAAGAUGGCAUCACUCUGGACGAUAUCCGAAAGAUAGAGCGGAAUCGGCAGCCUCCGGACUCAGGCCCCAUGUGCGACCUGCUCUGGUCGGACCCACAACCGCAGAACGGGCGCUCGGUCAGUAAGCGGGGUGUGAGCUGCCAGUUCGGGCCUGACGUCACCAAGGCCUUCCUGGAGGAGAAUGACCUGGACUACAUCAUCCGCAGCCACGAGGUCAAGAACGAGGGCUAUGAGGUGGCGCACGGCGGCCGCUGUGUCACGGUUUUCUCCGCCCCCAACUACUGCGACCAGAUGGGGAAUAAGGCCUCCUACAUUCACCUCCGGGGCUCUGACCUGCGGCCCCAAUUUCACCAGUUCACAGCAGUGCCUCAUCCCAACGUCAAGCCCAUGGCCUACGCCAGCACGCUGCUGCAGUUAGGAAUGAUGUGAGGCGAGCCUGCAGGGAGGCCUGCGCUGGGCCCUCCACUCCCGAGACCUGGCCGGCAAGGGGUGGAGCAGGCCCAGCCCAAGGCCAUGUCGGACCCCGUUUACUUUGUAAAGUUUGUAUUUAUUCCCCCUUUAGGUUUGCAGAGGGGGUGGGGGCAGAGCAGGGGGCUGGCCAGAGGGUCUGCUCCUUGGACACAGGAAGGAGGUGGAGAGGCCAGGGCCGUGGGGCUGGGUCCGGUCUGGGCAUUCUGAGGGGAGACCAGCCUUGGGUGCCAGGGGGGCCACAAGGCUUUCCUGCACCCCAGUUUGCAUGGCUCCUCCCCACCGCUAAAGCAAUAGGGCCCCUGCCAUAGGAAGACCCCCCGGGAGGAGGGUCAUCAGGGAGGCCUCGCCCGCGCCCCCCUCCUGGAAGCCCCAGGACAGGGCUAGGCUGGGCCCACCCCCUUCCCCCAGCUAUUUUAUGUCUGUAAUUAAAUAUGUUAAAAUAAAGUCAUUAUUGUAAGUCA